AUGUCGUCGCACGCCGUCAACGAGCUGGUGCCUGUCUCGUACAGCGCCGGCUUCAUCGUGCUGUCGUACAUCGUCAGUCUGGCCGGCUGCGCGACCUGCCUCGAGCUGCUGCACCGUCGCACCGCCCGCUUCGGCCUGUACAACUGGUACCUCCUGCUCUCCGCCGCCGUGUGCAUGGGCGGCAUUGGCAUCUGGUGCAUGCACUUCAUCGGCAACCGCGCCACCAUCCUGCAGGGCCACAACACCACCUACCAGAUCUCCUACUCAUCCGCCUUCACCGCCGUGUCCUUCUUCCUGCCCAUCGUCGUGCUCGUCGUGGCCUUCUACUUCAUCGGCGCCAGCGACCGCGCCGAGAUCUGGUACAUCAUCUCCACCGGCGCCCUCACCGGCGUCGCCGUCUGCGGCAUGCACUAUGUCGGCCAGCUCGGUAUCGCCAACUUCUACUGCUCCUACCGCCCCGCCAACGUCGUCGGUGCCGCCAUCAUCGCCGUCUCCGCCAGUAUCACCGCCCUCGGUGUCUUCUUCCGCAUGCGCGCCUCGUGGACCAACAGCUGGUGGAAGCGUCUGAUCAGUGCCACCAUCCUCGCCAUUGCCGUCUCCGGCAUGCACUGGACCGCCACCGUCGGCACCUACUACCGUCUCAAGAACGAGCUGAUCGAUCCCUCCGGCCAGCUGUCGUCCAGCCAGACCGUCAUCGUCUGCACCACCCUGUCCUGCGCCGCCUGUGCGUUCCUCAUCACCCUCGCCGUCAUCACCAACCGCCAGCACCAGCGCCUCGCCCACCGCGUGCGCCAGCUCGUGCUGGCCCCCGCCUUCUUCGACCCCUCCGGCGGCCUCAUGGUCUCGCCCGAGGGUUUGCUGCCCACUCAGAAGAUCACCGACAAAUACGUGCCUCGGACCUUCUCCGAUGACAAGUUCAGCAAGACGCAUCCCGCCUUCAUCUGGGCGUACCGCGCCAGCCGCAACUGGCCGACGCUGCAGAAGCUCAUCCCCGGCAUGAAGUACCACCUGCUGGCCGACUCCAACACCAAGCGCUUCUACCCCGGCUACAGCGGCGCGGUCGACACCAGCGUCGACGUCGACCUCGACUUCCAGUCCAUCUUCAAGGAGCUCUUCUGCGUCGCCGCCCAGGACCUGGCCACGCAGCUGCACCAGCCGCUCGACAAGCUCGGCGUGCUGUACGACGACGUCGUCAUCACCGGCACGCAGGCCCGCAAGCUCAGCACCACCAAGCAGGACCUCGACCCCGAGGCGCAGACGCCGCAGAUCAUGGGCAAGGGCAAGUUCAUCUUCAUGGUGCGCCAGCUGAGCAAGGAGGAGUCGGCGCAGCUGCGCGCCAGCGGCUGGCGGUUCGCGGCCACGCCGCAGAUCGCGCCGUCGCUGGCGCGCAGCAUGCAGAUCGCGCCCGGUGAGAUGCUGCGGCACCUCGAGAGCAUGCACGAGGCGGCGUCGCCCAAGAUGAUGGCGUCGGGCGUGUACCUGGUCUGCUUCUCGCUGCACCCGUCGGUGCGCAAGGGCUUCGACGUGCUGGUGCAGAAGGACGCGCCCAACCUGCUGCCGCACGUGGCGCUGCCGUUCCCGUCGGUGACGGCGCGCCAGAUGAGCAUCCUGACGCAGAUGGACAACUGGUCGCUCAACCACUGCCUGCGCUGGCUCAAGCAGCAGGCCGAGACGCACGCCGACGCCGAGCUCAAGGUGUUCUGCGCGCAGAUGUACAAGGCCUCCACGCGCCUGUCGGACAUGAUCGACAGCACCACCUUCGGCUCCGCGCAGUUCUCCGCGCGCCGCAUCAUGAUCCCGUGCCGCCUGGCCGGCCAGGCGCCCGGCGCCACGGGCAAGUGCACCGCCUUCUCGUUCCGCAUCAUCACCAACCUGCAGACGCGCGCGCCGUCGCCGCAGAUGUGCCUGACGCCGCUGCGCCUGUUCACCGCCCAGCAGCAGGUGUACCCGGGCGUGGUCGACCACGCCAACUUCCAGCAGACCAUCCUCGACGAGUUCGGCUACUGCGCCGCGUACCAGGACGGCAAGGGCGGCAGCAACCACGCGCCGUCGUCGACGACCACCACGGGCGCAUCGCUGGUGCGGCCCGGGCGGAAGAGCGAUCUGUCGAAGAACGGCGGCGGUGGAGGCGGCGGCGCGGGCUCGGACGGCGACGACACGCCGUCGGUGCGGUCGCCGGCGUGGGGCGGCAUCGUGGUCAGCAACCAGGUCACGGUCGACGUGACAGAGCGCGCGGGCCCGUACGAGAGCAACGUGGCGUUCGAGAUGCAGGACAUGGGCGUGACGACGGAGGCGCGGUACGGCGGCGUGCAGGAGACGUUCGUGGACGAGCUGUGCGCGAUCUGCCGCGAGACGAACAGCAGUAUAUAA